AUGACCAAUUCCAAAGCAUGUGGGCAAUGGAUAACUCCACUCAGAGCCAGUCCGAGCCUUGUGAAGCCAGACCCCUCCAUCAGACUCUGUCGCCAUGUUUCAGUAGGCCCUGGCGUGUCCUUCGAGCUUCGAUUGCAGCUUUUGGAGGUCUUGUCCCAAGUCUCCCUGGCCUCGGGCCAUGGAGCUCUGGGUCUUCAAGAGCUGCAGCGAGCCUUGGGACGCCCAGGUGAGGAAGGUCGGCAACUCUGGUCGCUCCUAGGUCGGCACCACCUGUCGUGGGGGAACCUCCCUGCAGCCAAAGAUGCUUUCGAGAAUGCUCGAAGCUGCGUGGGAGAGGAGUCCACCCUCCUGUUGAACCAGGGGCUGCUUGCAAUGGCAUCCAGCGACUACUCCGCGGCCAGGAACGCGUUUGAGGCGGCGGCUGUGGCCACAGCUGCCCUGGAGGAAGAGGUCCUGGCUGCCGAGAACAACCUGGCGGUGUGCAAAUUUUACACCAAGGACCUCCGUGGCGCCUGUGAGCGCCUGGAGGCUCUGGUGAAGAAGGAACCCGUGCGGUUUCUGAAGCCGUCGAUUCUGCACAACUUGGCCUCAUUCUACGAGUUCUCCCAGGAUGCCAGUGGCAAGCGCCGACAGCUUCACAUGUUUGCGGCCACCACCCAGAUUCUUGAGAGCAAAGAUCUGAGUGGUCCCCAAUUCCUGCCACCUUUGAACCAUCGUAUUCUUCAGCUGAUGGAGCUUCCGUGGCUCCGCUCUGGACUUGACCUCGCCGGCCCGAGCCGCCCGGCACCCUCCGCGUCCAGUGCGGCUCCGCGCCCGGCACCGCCGACGCGCGUCGGGCGCGGGCGGAGUGUGGCCGCUGUGUGGAGCGUGGCGGGGCUGGUCCGGUGGCGCCGGGCAGGACGGCGAACGUGGAGGAAAGCAACACCUAGUGAAGAAGAGGAAGAAAGGAAAAGAGUUGCGGAGGUCAGUGCCCAGGAGCGUGCCAGACGUGAGCGAAUAGAUGACCACUGGCGCGAUGGAAACGCCAAAGCGCAACCCGCAGCCAUCAUUCAAAACGACUGGGUGCGUCGAGUGGCUUUGGCUGGAGAUGAAGUCUUUGUUGGGACCUCCUCCACAGGUGUCCGGAGGCACAGCUUUGGCUCCGUUGAGCCCAAGCAGGUCUAUGGCGUGCACGGGAACCCGCAGAGGAUGGUGACUGCCGAUCAUCCGGCAAAGGUGGACCCUGAGACCUCCGUAACAUCGCUGACCUGGACCGGCCAACACCUUUGUGCAGGUCUGGCUGGUGGCCGUCUUCAAGUUUGGAAUGAAGAAGGUUGGUUGAUCUUAGACCAUGAGGUAAACAGUCGGCCCUGCUAUGUCUGUGUCUAUGACAGCUCGAUUUUGGUGGCCGCCGCCGGGGACUCCAUCAUGGCUUGGGACUUGAACGACUUGGGCGAUGCAGCGCCACGGUGUCGGAUCACCAUGAGCUGCAGGGUUCAUUGCUUGAAUCUGGCCUUUGAAGGUUCGGUGGCCUUGGGGCUUGCAGAUGGCUCGUUGGAGCUGCGUUCCUUGCCGGACCUGUCGCUCCUCUCGCGCCGGAUUUUGGGGCCGGUGCCGGUCUCCGCCGUCUACGUGGACGAGCGAGGCAUUGUGAGUGGGGAUGACGCAGGACAGGUCGUGUGUUGGGACGCAGAUGCCCAGAUGCCGGGAGAGGAGUGGCAGAUCAAAUGGAGGGGACAGCACCAGGGGCGCAUCGUGGCCCUCAACCGUGGUGGUGGAGAUUCCAUCAUCUCCGCCGGCUUGGAUGGCCACAUUAUGGCUCGCAAGGCCGAGACUGGUGAACACAUGUUCAGUAUUCCCAACCACAAAGUGUGGCUCGGUUCGAUGUGUGUGUCCGAGGAGCUGGACUUGUUGGUGACCGAUGGUCGGGACAACGCCGUGUAUCUCUACGAUUUCGGAAAUCCGUAG